AUGGCAGAAUAUGAUGGGGUCAGUUAUGCCCCAUUCAUGGCAAAGUGUGAUUCCAAGAAGGCUCAGGGAUAUUUGGUUUCAUGCCAGCCAGAAAGUGAAACAUCUGAGGUGGUGUAUAUACCCUCGCCAGACCCCAUCCCAGAACCUUCGCCAAACCCCAGAAACAAAAGCAAUCCAGUUGCAACCCCUUCGGAAAAGGCUAAUGAAUUCUUCCCCAAGUUCAAGUGUUUAUUUACAGAUCUCGUCCUUGAGCCGACAGAUCUUGAACAAAGCAAGUUCUUCUUCCAGAAUAUAUCUUGGACAGAAGCUUUCGAAGUGAUUGAGAUUGAGCUUGGAUUCAUGUAUGACAUCUUCUAUACCAAGCCAAUGGUAGCUUAUGAUGAAUGGGGUUUGAUACGCCGUUUCAUCUGUCUAUUUUCAGCAAUCUCAACAAUCAUGGGCUUCUUGAUGAUUGACAAGCACGAGUACUUGACCAUUGACGUUAUUAUAACAUGGUUGUUGCUGGUUGGAGCAAUUGUUCAGGAAAUCUAUUCUAUUAUUCUACUGUGUUCCUCUGACUGGACUAUGAGUUGGUUGAGCAAACAAGAAAAAACAGAAGUGACUCUCAUCUGUGAAGCCAUUUCUGGUUGCCGACUACCUUUUCUAUUCCCUGCAAACAAGAGAUGGUCUGAUUCCAUGGCACAGUACAAUCUAGUAAGUUACAGCCUCAAAAAAUUGCCUAUCACGUUCAGUGAGGUCUGGGAGUUCUUUGGCAUUUCUCAGAUGUUGGAGGAGUUCAGUGAGGUCUGGAAUUUCUUCUGCAUUUGUCCCAAGUUGGAUGAGUGUUCUUCUAAGAAUUCAAAUGUCGUCCCCAAAUAUUUGAAAAUUUUGAUCUUUGAACAGCUUAUGGAGAAAUCCACAAUUGCCUUAGACAUUGAGGUAGCCAAGCAAUUAUGUGCUCGCAGAGGAGAUUGGACACUUGAAAAGAUGAACUGUUUCUCUAGAUUAGGUUGGAGCACUGGGGGAGAAUUCGACCAGAGCAUUCUCCUCUGGCACCUAGCAACUGAUCUCUGCUACUAUACUGAUCUAAACAAAAAAUCAAGCCCUGCCGAGAACUCAAACCGUAAAGCAAGCAAGCUGCUAUCAGAUUAUAUGGUGUAUCUUCUGGUCAAGAACCCUGUUAUGCUGCCUGAUGGAAUUGGACAAAUACGAUUUCAAGACAGCUGUGCUGAGGCCACGGAGAUUUUUCAGUGUGUAAAAGAUAGAAUCCAAGCUUGUAAAAAGUUACUUCUUCAAGAGAACACUGAAAUUCCACAAUUGAAAGUGAAAGGAGACAGAAGCAAGUCAGUGUUAUCCGAAGCCUGUAGGCUGGCCAAGUCUUUGCAAUCCCUGGAGACAGAAGAGGAAUGGAACUGUGAAAAGAAAUGGGAGUUGAUGAGUCAUGUGUGGGUAGAGAUGCUAUGCUAUGCUGCAUGUCACUGUCCACGGAAUCACCAUGCCAAGAAGCUAAGGCUAGGUGGAGAGCUGCUCACUCAUGUCUGGCUUCUCAUGGCUCAUUUUGGUAUUACUGAACAUGUAUGCCAGGAUUAG